AUGUCCUCAAACCAUACAUCACCAACCCCUCCGCAAGCCAACUUCACAUUCCCACCCGCCCUCUUCCAAUACAACGUCUCGAUCCCCGAAUACAUCAGCUCCCAACCCGGCCUGAACGCCCUCAUAGUCGGCACCGUCGUCUUCCAUCCCGACUCCUCCGGGCGGCUGCUGCUCAUCCAGCGCGCAGCGUCCGACUUUAUGCCGAACCUGUGGGAGACGCCCGGCGGCAUGGCCGAGGCGGAGCGCGACCGCACAGUCCUCGAAGCCGCGGCCCGUGAGCUGCGCGAGGAGUCGGGACUGAGCGCCGCUCGUAUGCGCCGGCUGGUCGACCUUUACGAGUUUAGGGCUAGCGACGGGCGCACGUUCCAGAAGCUUACCUUUGAGGUUGAGGUGGGGGUUGAUGGGGUUGGUGGAGAGCAGGAGGGAGGCGGAACUUGUAGUCCCACAGUGAAGCUUGAUCCCGAAGAGCAUCAGGACUUCGUGUGGGUUACCGAGCAGGAGUACCGCGCUGGGUGGGCGGGCGAGAGGAGGUUGGCCAUCACGCACCCGAACCAGGAGGUGACGCUUGAUAGGGCAUUUAAGGCGAUGAGAGAGGGAAAACAGCCCCUUGAUUAA